AUGCUCUCCAAGCUUACAAUGUUGGUAACCUUGACAGAUGCAUUGGGGCAACUCCUGAGCAAGAUUGAAGUUGAUAUGGCUGGCAUCAAGCGCAUCCUCUCUAUGGUAGUUGACAUUGAAGAUAAUGAUGAUUGUCCCUCCAGCUCUCAUCAUGGUGAUCAACCUCCACCACCACCUUUUGUACAUACUGGUAACAAUCCUCCAACUCCAUUUCAACCACCCCCUUCAAAUCCUCAACCUCCAAUUCCUCUACACCCCUCAACACUCCUUGAAUGUCUCCUUUACGAUCUCCUUCACAUGUUGAUGAUGCCAAAAGUAUUCCAAAGGUGGAGAUUCCUCAAGGCAUUGAUAGUGAUGUUGAGUCGGAUGAUGAUUAGCUCAUCACAAGGAAAAGGAAGACGAACACCUCCUCAAAGGGGAGUUCAUAAUAUUGAUGAUGAAGGCUCAUGUGCUCCUCCUAGCAAGAAGAGGAUGUUCAUAGUCAGAAUACAAUCAUUGGUCAGGGACUGGAGAUUGCCACAUAAGGAGGUCCGAAAAAUUCUCACUGAGCAUAAUGCCCCUAAUCAAAAGGAGAAUGUUGAACUUCAUUCCUCUAAGCUUGUGUUAAAAUUUUUCUCUGUUGAAGAAGGAAUCAAUGAACAAUGUUCAAACCUCCAGCAUUUUAUCAAUAUCGUUGCUAAACAAAAAGGAUUUAUAAGUAAAUGA